CAGCUGGCGGCUGGAAGCGCGGGUGUCGCGGCCUGCGGGCGACCGGCGCGUAACCGCCUGAGGCAGCUCGCUGACGCGGAGGCUGCUUGCGGGGGCCGCUCGCCCUUCGCCGCUCUGCGCAGGCAGGAAUCUUGGGAAGCCAAAAUGCGGCAUAAUCAGAUGUGUUGUGAGACACCACCUACUGUCACUGUUCAUGUAAAAUCAGGUUCAAAUAGGUCACAUCAAACUAGAAAACCUAUUAAUCUGAAGCGUCCUAUUCUUAAAGAUAGUUGGCAAGCAUCUGAAAAAAAUGUACAUAAUAACAAAUCUAAGCGGCCCAAAGGACCCUGUCUAAUUAUACAGCGUCAGGAAAUGACUGCUUUCUUUAAAUUAUUUGAUGACGAUUUAAUUCAAGAUUUCUUGUGGAUGGACUGCUGCUGUAAAAUUGCAGACAAGUAUCUUUUGGCUAUGACAUUUGUUUAUUUCAAGAGAGCUAAAUUUACUAUAAAUGAGCAUACCAGGAUAAAUUUCUUUAUUGCUCUGUACCUGGCUAAUACAGUUGAAGAAGAUGAAGAAGAAGCCAAGUAUGAAAUUUUUCCAUGGGCUUUAGGGAAAAACUGGAGAAAAUUGUUCCCCAAUUUCUUAAAGUUAAGGGACCAACUCUGGGACAGAAUUGACUAUAGGGCUAUUGUGAGCAGGCGGUGCUGUGAAGAGGUUAUGGCCAUUGCACCAACCCAUUACAUCUGGCAACGAGAGCGCUCUGUGCAUCACAGUGGAGCGGUGAGGAACUACAACCGAGAUGAAGUUCAUCUGCCCCGGGGUCCUAGUGCCACACCAGUCGAUUGUUUACUGUGUGGUAAAAAGGGAAGAUAUAUGAGAUUGGGAUUGUCUUCAUCGUCAUCUUCAUCCAGUGACACAGUAGACCUAACGGAAAAACAUUCUCAGGAAUCACACAAUUCAUUAUCAAUGGACAUGAUAGGUGAACCUUCUCAAGCUAAUAGCUAUUCUCAAGCCAAUGACCAUCAAUCAAACAAAGAAAAGGAAACUAAUUUUAUGAAGAAAGACAAAGCUAUGGAGUGGUUCACAGGAAGUGAAGAAUGACAAGGCUCUAUUAAAGCAACCUGGAAUCAUAGCUACAGAAUGUCCAACUAAAUGCAAGACAAUGUCAAAAUGGGGCAGUUACCCAGCUGUACAAUGUUCUCUAGCUUCUGUUACUCCUCAAACAUAUGUAAAAGUUACACAAAUCAUAGUAAUAACUGAAAGUACCAGUUUAUGACAGCGAUUGAGAAUACGUUCUCAUUUGAUACUUCUCUGCCUUCAAAUUGAUUGCUGUCACCUCAGGUACUCAGUUCAGCUGUGGUUUGAACUUCCUUAAUCUGACAAGAAAAGCUAGUUUGAAAGAAAAAACAAUUAAGGUCAUAACAAUGCAUUAGUUAAAAGAAAGAAACAUUUAAUAUGUUCUGAAAAUAUUACUGACAUGUGUGACCAGUUUGCAAUAUAGGGACAUGGUCUGUAUAGAAAAUGUGAUUUUUCUGUAACAGAACAAAAUACAUACUACACUGUGUGUUUUAUAAUUGGUUUAUAAAAAAGUAUUGGAAUAUUAAACACUGUUCUUUUUCUGA